UCUUUUGUUGGCUAGACCCAACAAAACAACGCCAACGAGCGCGGCCUCUCUACGAGGCUACCUGCUGGCUCCUCCUCCGCCGGUUGGCGCCUUUUUCAGGCGCGGCAAUGAUUGAGCUAAACCAACCUGAACGGGGAAGGGUGCCGCCCGCCUCGUGAGCACAUAUAGACAGGCGAUUCACUCACAAAAGUAAAAGAGCGUCUGGCUUAUCACGCUUAUCACCGGCCUAGUAAUUUUCCGCCCGAAUCGCAGAGUCUACUUCUACUACUCACGGUUCACAAUGGAGCAGCAAGCAGCAGUGGUCGUCCACUCGACGCGCCCGUGUCAGAGUUACCACGGCGGCGGCAGGGCGGGCACCUUCCGCGUUGGUGGAAGUCCAUCGGCGGAUUGUAAAGUGUGAUAAGCCGCGAAGAUUUGAGCGCACUCGUGUCUGGCGGGUGUGCCGAUUCGGAACAGACCGUUGCCCCCCGCAUCUCAGUCUUCUCACGGCGUUCCUCGAGGACGCCCACCCGUUGGUCGAAGAAGACCCCGAGGAUGACCAAGUUCGGCGCGGGCCCGGGCUUCGGCUGGCGGCACAUCCAGCUGCUCAUCAUGUUCGCCUCGGCCAGCACGGCGAUCACCAUGAGGGUGUGCCUCUCGGUGGCCAUCGUGGUCAUGACGGGCCCGGACGAGGGCGACGGCUUCCCGGUAACCUCCAUCGGAACCGCCCAGAGAACACGAAAAUGUUACGAAUGGGUCUUUUCCGCGGUCAUAUUUCAGUCAAUAAAACGUCAAAACGACUGGAGUUUUGGCCCAAAUUUCCACCUUUCUCGUGACCAAAUUAGUCCUUUGGAUGUCAAUAUUAUGGCGUCCUCGUGAGUUUUUUAGACAGUCCCUUGUGGCUGUCUCUACCCGAAGGUAAAAGUUUCCAGUUUUGAUAAAGAUGGCCGAUUAACCUGAUUAACGUUCCAGUUAUGAUAAGCCGAUUGACGU